GUGCUGCCUCACCAACCCCCAACAUCCUAGACAAGUCAGCUACUUAAGGGGAGCAGGAGUUCAGAAUAAACCAGAGAAAGGCUUGGAGGCAUCAGCUCCGUCAUCCUCUGAGAGGCACAGCUCUCAACAUGAAGACCCUGCUGUUAUUGGCAGUGAUCCUGACCUUUGGCUUCCUACAGGUCUACGGGCAUCUUCUGGAUUUCCGGAAAAUGAUCCGUUAUACGACGGGAAAGGAAGCUACAACCAGUUAUGGCGCCUACGGCUGUCACUGCGGUGUGGGGGGCAGAGGAGCCCCCAAGGAUGCAACAGACCGGUGCUGUCUUGCCCAUGACUGCUGCUACCGCCGUCUGGAGAAACGUAAAUGUGGCACCAAGUUCCUGAGCUACAAAUUCAGCAUGAGCCGUGGCAAAAUCACCUGUGGGAAACAGGACUCUUGUAGGAGCCAGCUGUGUGAAUGUGAUAAAGCGGCAGCCUACUGUUUUGCUAGGAACCGGAAAAGCUACAGCAGGAAGUACCAGUUCUACCCCAACAAUCGCUGCAGCGGGCGGACCCCCAGCUGCUGAGAGCGCCUGGCCUCGCCGCGCUCCAUUCCCCUCCCGCCCCGGCCCUCCUCACCCACCCUAGGGGCAAGACAAGAGCACUUCUCCCCUGCCCCCACCCCACCCAGAAGGAGAAGCCCACUGCUGGGGCGGGGCUGGCGGGGCCCCUUCCCAGGCCUCCUUGGGCUGCAGAUUUCCCCACUUCCUCCAUUCUUGGAAUUCCAAAUCCUACUUCCUUCUCAGCUGUAGCAGCUAAGGUCCUGAGGGUCACUUGAAUAAAGCAGUUCAUCCGCAAA